UAUAAACAGGCAAAGAAUUGCAAGUACUCAAAGGACAUACAACUGCAGUGUGGUGUUUGGCUCUGUCACACAGUCAAAGACAUCUUGCGUCAGGGUCAGCUGACAAUACUGCAAGAAUCUGGAACAUGGAUACUUUUGAGCAGCUAAAAGUUUUACAAGUAGAAGGUGGUGCUGUGCUUGCAUUGGAUUUCAGUACAGAUGAUCAGCGACUGUUUACUGGGUCGCGUGAUGGUAAGCAUCUAAAGCCCAGGUCAAACAAGGAUGAAAGUUGAUAAGAGUUGGCAAGCGAGAGUGUACAUGUGAGUUUUCUCAACUCGAGUUAAUGAGAGUUAGCUGUAAAAUGCAAGUGACAGUUGCAACUCUUAUCAACUCUCAUCCAGGUAUGUUUGACCGGGGCUUAAGUGUUUCGUACCUGGGCUCGCAACGUUUUAAACAAGUCUUUUAAGCCCGUUCACAAUUAAUUCCUGAAAAUGUCAGAUACGUAGUCUUCUGCGCAUUUUAUUCAGCACGACCUGCACGCAGUCCUUGGUAGUCUUUAGACAAGCACGAUUAUAAUCUGCCACUUUAGAUUCGUUGUUUGCUUUGUACAUAAAGUUUUUCUAUGACUGAUUGAGUUAUACCGCACAUAUUUGCAAGUUACCCUCUGUGACUGUGCGGAACAGAUCUUACACAACCCCUAGCUACCUCUUCUAUAAGUGCCACUAACCCUAUAAAUAUAAGUUUUGGUAUAUCUAACAUUUUAGUCAUUUUUAAAGAAAUGCAAUAUGGCUUGUCGGGAAAAACUCAUCUUUAUUGACAUUUUUGCUAUGAUGAAUUGCAAAUUAGUUCGCCUUUGUUUUUUGCUUCUAAAAUUCAUCUAGUGACACCAUAUCCGGCAAUUUCGACGGUGAAAAAAUUUAUCAAGAUGAAACUUUUCACGCAAAGAUGUAUUAUAUUUCUUCUCGGAAUGACCCAAAUAUCACACAUACCAAAAGUCGCAUUUGAGGUUAGACAUAAUUAAUGAACGAUCUCAGACGACAACCUGACUAAUUCUUAUCAUUUGUACCAGGCAAUCUAAGUGUAUGGCGUGUGACCACAGGUGAAUUAUUGGAUGUCAUUCCUGCACAUGAUGAUGUGAUCACGAGUCUGUGUACUACUAAAGAUGGACUGUACAUUGCCACUGCAUCUUUGCAUCACACUAUCAAGUUAUGGCGAGGUGAUACAUUAAAUUUUGAAGCUACUUUGGUUGGCCACACUGACAUAGUGGAAAGUGUAGUCGCAGCAGGUAUGUUUGUAAUGUAUGAGUAAAUAUUUUAGAUUUGAGGAAUCUUGCUUGAUACAGUAAAAACCCGUAUUGAAGAAACAAUCCUCACUUUUGUACUUUAACUGGACGAUAGAAAGCAUCUUCUAAGGGCAGGUGAAUGCAGGUAUACGCUUAAUAUAAUACUAUAUUGCAAAUUUAACAUAGUAUAGGAAUACUGUCAACAGCUCACUAAUUAAUUAAGG